AUGGCGGAAACUCUGCUUGCCAUUCUCUUGGUCACCACAUCGGCCAAGGGGUCGAAUAUUGUCUUCCGGUGGCCAACAACGCCUGCUGCGUCUCCGCGAUUCAGCCGCGCGAAGCCGGACGGCAUCCUAACUUCCUUGGACAAUCCUUGGAGAGCUGCAAAUCCUCAUCAGAACCCGCCUAAUAGUAGUGCAUCUUUCGAAGAGGAUGUGACUGCCCGGGAGUGGAAAAGGCCGAAUAAUACUCGUCGAGGGCGUGCCGGCUCUCUGUCCUCAAAUGACUCGCAUGGCGCAUCCUCUGGACGCAACUCCCCUGUCAAGGACCUCGAUAAUGACGCCGUGAAAGACGAAUAUGAGGAGCUGUUCGGGUAUUCGUCCGAGUUCCUUGCAAAUAUACUCGUGCCCCAACGAUCCAUGUGCCACCAAAAGUUCGAACUCCUUAUGGAUGAUCUUGCUUUCAUCGGACACCCAGUGUCGGCGGAGGAAGACGGUGUCUGGAAAUUCAAACCGGAGAAAAUCAGUCGAGGGAGAGGAGAGGAGAGGCUCCGGCGCUCAGCGCAUAAUGACCAGAUUUCAGUGAGCCCGUUAUCGGAGAAAGCGUGCGGCCGAGUCUCCUGGCUUCAGCGGUUUCUCUUUGUUCUCGUCUUGGAUUUGCCGGAUCCCUCUUCUGCGGCUUCAGGGAACAUCACCAAGUACUUCGACAUCAUCUACGAACAGAUAGCCUUCCCCAUCGCUGCUGUGCUCUUCCAGGAACAGGUUCUCUCCAACUUUGUCGAAGAUGAAUGUGACAUUUUGGGCACUCUGAAGGACAAGCACUCGGCUAGAGGUGAUGAUUAUGAGACGUACACGUUUCAAGCGUUGGGGACGUCGUCUAUCGCACCUGCCAUGAAAACGCUGUAUGAAGCCAUCAAGAGCUCUUCGGUUGCCUACCUCAGCCUGCACGACCUUCCGCUGGAACUGCAGCUCCCUCCUUACCUGGACGGGCUUCUCCAUUACGGUGGGGACGACGACGACGGCGAGAUGCCGCCGGAAGACGAAUAUCAUGCAUGGGGCCAAGAAAUGAGCUUCGGAUAUCGCCUUCCCUCGCUGACCGCCUGGAAAAGCUUGCUGCUGCUGGACGGAGGUCCGGAGGGCAUCGAUCCCUAUGCGAAUUUGAGGCAGUCACUGGACGGAACUGGGGACCGUUCGCUAGUCGAAGGCCUGAUCAAAUUCUUGGAAAACGCGUCUGUCACUCUCUCUUUUGCAGAUAUGGCCAGCUUACUGGAUUGGGAUCUCGAAACACAGGUCUUUCCGACUGUGCGCUGGCUGGUCCAUCACCGACGGGCGAAGAUCGUAGAUACCGUUCACCUCAAUCUUAGAACCAUCUUCAGGCUACCCCCGAAGUUCAUUCAGCCUCUCUCGCAGCUGACACUAGAAUUUGAUGAAGAAUUCGCUGAGGCUGGAGUUCCUUCUCUGCCGGUACUGCUUGCGACAAUCUCGUCAUUGAGCGACACCCACUUCUUUGCCUCCGUGGUCAAACGCAGGGAUUUAGUUCCUCUAUACCACGAUGUGGUUCUUUGGAUGCUCAAACGCGACAUGCUUGUCACUGUCCAUCUCCGAAUCCGCAUAGUUGCAACUGCGAGGCUGAAAGAGCAGCUCAAGUUCUCUAAAGGGCGUGCACGAAAUCGACAGACGGGUGGUCGCGCAGGACAGAGCAAAUUGCGCAAUCAGCUCGACGCGGCCGGCUCCCAAUCGCCUCCGCCCCCUUUCUUAACACCUUCACCAAAAGGCGCUCGCCGACAUUCGCGACUACCACUUGUUGGCACGGAAGACUCAGAAGGAAGUGAAAGAAACCGGAGAGAUGCAGAAUUAAACGAGCAUGACGGCAGUGACGACGAGCGAGAAGCGAGCAUCAUCAAUGAACCAGGACGAGCAACUACUGUCCAGCAAACCUGGCUGGCGGCAAUGUCAGAAGGGAAAGAUCCAGCGCUGGCCCGGCGGUUCGAGCAAAUCAACCAGUAUUUCGACGGUAAGAAAACAGACGAUGAGAUUCUCUAUAGGGCCGACAUGAGCCGUCGAGAGUUGCGCGAGAUCUUGCUCGCCUAUGACGAGUUUGCAACUCCUUCACCGGCCGCAAGCACUCCCUGGACCGAGCACCGCAAUCCAGAAGCCCGGACGUACUGGUUCAAUUCAAUAUCCAAGGAGAGUGUAUGGGAGAAACCGGAUGACUUGAAAUCACCCUUCGAGGUGUGCCACAAAUGCAUCGGUGUGUUGCAGAGACUUAUCACAACGCAGCGCGCCCUGAACCAAACCAAGUGGAAGGAAUAUCUUUCGGGCGGUCGUAAAUACUACUACAACACCGAGACCAAGGAGUCGAAAUGGGACAUGCCAGAUGAGCUCCUCUUACUCCUCGAAAAAGUGGGAAAGGAUGGCAAUCCCCCGUCCACACCCGGCGCUGGAUUUACGCCUGUCACUGCGGGAGCACUCGUUGUGGCUGGAUCUGACACUGCCGCUCUGCAAACGAACGGGAACAAUGAAUUGGCUGUGGGUGCACACACUGGGGGCAUCCCCACCCCAAGCGCUCUUCCGACACGUCCCAAUCUUCCAGAUGAUCCUGUUAUCCCUCAUAACGGAUUCGCCACAUUCGAAGAGGGCGAGAAGGCGUUCAUGCAUCUUCUUCGGAAGGCUGGUGUUGGCACCAAUUGGACCUGGGACAAGACGAUGCGAGCCAUUGUCGUCGAUCCGCUCUACAGGGCCCUCAACUCACUGGCAGAGAAAAAAGCGACGUAUGAGAAGUUCAUUGUCCAGCUCAAAGCCAAGGAACAGGAGGACAAGGAUGCCCGGCUUGCCAAGUUGCGUCCAGCACUUCGAAACUUGCUGAAAGGAAACCCCAGUGUAUUCCCGUACACAACCUACGCCACAGCCGAUAGACUCUUCGCGACGCAUCCUAUUUGGCAGCACGCACGCGUGGAAGCAGAGAAGAAGUUAGUCUUCGAAGAGUACGUCGCGGAACUCAAGCAGCGAGAGGUGCAAGAGUCUCGGGCUGCUCGCUCACGCAGCAUCUCCAAGGUUGUUGCCCUAUUCAAGGAAUUGAAUGUUGGUGUCGUCACUCGAUGGCGCGAUGCCCAAGACCUGCUAAUCAAUUCUGAUACGUGGAGAAAUGAUCCGGAGCUGCAGAAACUCCCCACUCUCGAUAUCCUGCUGGCGUUCGAGGAUUACAGUCGUGUCCGCGAGAGGGAAUAUGAGGACCAGGCCAGAAAGGACCAAGUCGAGAAAACACGUAGGGAGAGAAAGGCGCGUGAAAACUUCAAAGCACUGUUGGCGGAAUUGGUCGAGUCGUCCAAAAUAUCUGCACGGUCAAAGUGGAAGGACGUUUUCCCGCUCCUUCGCUCAGAUGAACGAUACCUUGCCAUGCUGGGCAACCCAGGGUCCACUCCACUAGAUCUGUUUUGGGACGUCGUCGAUGCUUUUGAUCAAAAACUCGAGAACAAGAUUGCCCUUGUACGGAAUGCCAUCGCAUCGUACAAUACCAAGCAUACGAAACCCUCUUUGGAUGGCGACGUUACGAUGGAGGAUUCCGGGAGCAAAGAGGUCACAGAUCAUGGCGGGUUCUCUGUGGAGCCAGAAACGAAAGAAGAAGACUUUAUCGCUGUGUACAAAGAAGGAUCAACCGAUGAAAUGGAAGUUCUAUCAUCUGAAGAGCUCAGCCUGGUCUACCGAACGUUGGUUGACGCGGCUUCGAAGAAACGGGCGGAUGAGAAGCGUCGUGCUGAACGUCGUCUGCGUCAUUUGCAGGACGACCUUCGUUACGCUUUGAAGAAGCUAUCAAUACCCUCAGACGUCACAGAUUACGAGGCGGCGCUUCCUCUCAUGCAAGAUUUACCCGAAUUCAAGGCGCUGGAGGACGAAGACGCACGCAAAGCCACCUGGCUCAAAUUUUACAAGCGUCACAAAGAGAAACAGAAGGAGGCAGAAGAUGAGGAUACCACCAGUGUUGGCAGCCGCCGAAAGCGGGAGUCUGACCGAGAUCUCGGAGUGACAGAGGAUAUCAUCGCCGUGAUGACUCGCCUCGGCACCGCUCUACCCGUGAGUACCGAGACGAUCGAUACGACCGCGACCGUGAUUACAGGAGGGAUGAUGGACGAAGGAGGGAGAAAGAGCGAGAUCGCAAAGGGUCCAGCACACGAGAUUGGGAGGAUGGGAAGCGCAGACGAAGUCGUAGUCCCCGGCAUGACAGAGACCGGCGAGACUCGUAUGAUGACCGGGAGGAACGAGCUGAAAAGGUACGACGAUGAUCCAAUGCAGGUCGAUACUCCGGCUACAACAAAGCAUUCCAAUGGGCGUGCUGAAAGUCCAGAAGAGGGUGAAAUUUGA